AUGAAAUUUCAAUCAAAGUAUGAAGCAUUGAAGUCUAAAUAUGAUGAAUUGUAUGAUGAUGCCAAAAAGAAGGGAGCUGAGUUUUCAAAAAUAAAAAAAGAAGAAAAUGCAUUAAAGGUGAGCAUUGCAUUGAAGAAACUUCAGCUUAAAAGAGAAUUCAGAAAUUCUGAGAGGAAAAUAAAAGGCUGGGUUAUGGAGAGUUGGGAAAAAGAGCUUGAAAAGGGAUGGAAAUGCUUUACUGUUCCUGAAGAGCCUGAGAAAAAGCGCGAACCGAGUCCUAAAAUUGUCCCAGAAAAAGAAGAGCGAGAUGAGGAAGAAGAUAGUGACAUAGAAAGAGAAAUACAAAUAAUGAUGAAAAACAGUUCACGCAGCAGAAGGAUGAAGCAAAAUAUGGCUUGGGUUCCUUAA